UGGGGCCCUCUAGAAGUGACACAAAGAAUAAACUAUUCUCUGCUAUUAAAUUAAUGUUAUUAUUGCAGAAUGCGUUUUUUCUUAAGUAAAAUGGUACACAGCGGAAUGAUUCAUUCGUCUGUUAGAGUAUCAAGGAUUUUGUGGUUGUUUCAGUGAUGAAUUCACUUGCUCCGAUAUUUGGUACAGUCUACAGAGCAGUUCUACUGAUUACUGAACCAUUGAAAAGAGUAACCGGUGAUGUUGGGAAGCACCGAGGCUGUAAUCCGGGCUAAGUAAGGCAAGGCUUGAGCCGUGAGGAAUUAAGAAGAGAUUUAGGAAGGUAGCUGGAGUAGAAGGGCAUCUGCUGAGUAUUACACAUCCAUUGGGUGAGAGAGCGAGGAUGAGUUAUUCUUACUCUGCGACUGAGACUCUGUCUAGCAGCAGCAGUACCAGCUCUGGUGGGCAAGUGAACAGCAGUAAACAUACAGUAGCCAUGAAAGUGAAGAAGGGCACUAGUAAUCCAGAUGGAGUCCCUCCAGUGACUGAGGAAGAGCUGUUAAAAAAGCCUGUCAUUACACCUGAGGAUGUUCUGGGUCUGCAGAAAAUAACAAGAGAUUACUUGUGUUCCCCAGAAGAAAACAUUUACAAGAUUGAUUUCACAAGAUUUAAAAUCCGGGAUAUGGAAUCUGGCACAGUGUUGUUCGAAAUUACAAAGCCACCAGCAUCAGAACGAGAGCAUGGAGACAAGAAAGAUAUUGACCACAAUGCUGGACGAUUUGUUCGUUAUCAGUUUACCCCAGCCUUUCUCAGACUUCGGCAGGUUGGAGCAACGGUGGAAUUUUCUGUAGGGGACAAGCCAAUUAAUAACUUCCGUAUGAUAGAAAGACACUACUUCCGUGACCAGCUACUCAAGAGCUUUGAUUUUGAGUUUGGCUUCUGCAUUCCAAACAGCAAAAACACUUGUGAGCACAUAUAUGAAUUCCCACAGCUAUCGGAGGACUUGAUUCAAGAAAUGGUCCUGCACCCUUACGAGACUCAGUCGGAUAGUUUCUACUUUGUGGACAACAAGUUAGUGAUGCACAACAAGGCUGAUUAUUCCUACAGUGGGGGACCAUGAGGAGCAGUGUAGUGUUGGCUCCUGUUCUAGCACUGACUCUACAUCAGGGAAUCACACCCUUCAUGCAGUUUUUCUGUCAUCCAAAGUGGAAACACCUUUGUCACCUCCACUUGGAAGUGGAUGCCCUUUUUGCCAGACUCUAGUUUCAUGACUACAUUAAACUUGUGUGAUUUUUUGUAUCUGAUACUUUGGACUGAGCUGCUGCUUAGCUGACUAUGCGCUGUAUAGUUCAAAUAAUAUUCCCAUAACAAGUUCAGCAAACUAGUGUCCUACUCACACAUCCUAUGCUGUUCUCUUAGCACUAAUGAUGAGUGAACUAUGAUGUCAUCUAAACUCUUGAGUAUCCGAGGUAUAAACACCAGUAUAUAAGGAUUUAAGUACAGUUUCCUGUUUUUCAUUCUGAAAUGUAUUUUCAUUCUUUUUGCAUAAUGGUAUAGCCUAGUUUCUCUGCCUAAUGCUUUUGAUGAUGAUGAUGAUGUGCUAAUAGACUUCACUCAGUGUUCCGUCAGAUUCCUGCUCACACAAGUAAGGAAAAAAGACAGCACUGCAGUAGUAAUCACCUAGUGUUGUUGUCUGAAGUUCAGAGGUGUGAUGCAGAGUCCACCUUUGUCUUUGGACAGCUUGUGGAAGCAAGCAAGCAGAUAAACUGGUUAAAACCUGUUGUUAAAACCCACAGUUGGCAGCUAGCAACACUGUCAAGUUAAAAAAAAAAAAAAAAAGGUUCUUAG